AUGGCUCACAUAUACCAGGCAAAAGUUCAACCCUCCCUCGAGGAGGUUUCCUCCAUUCUCUCCAAGUCCCGAUCAUCCAAAUUCCCUCCGAAUCUCGUACCGUUAUGCGCUCAAAUCCCCGCCGACCUUUUUACUCCCACACAAGCAUAUUUAAAAGUAUCAGAGGGAUCGAAGCUCUCGUUUCUGUACGAAAGUGCGGCAACUACCGGGACAAUUGGUCGGUAUAGUUUUGUCGGGGCGAAUCCCCUCAAAGUCAUCAAAUCCGGCCCAGGCCAUGGACCUGAAGAAGAUCCGCUCCCACGACUCGAGCAGGAGCUCUCGCAGUACAGAGUCGCGACCGUGCCCUCCCUGCGACUCCCGCCCUUGACCGGAGGGGUCAUUGGGUAUGUUGGUUAUGAUUGUGUCCGAUACUUUGAGCCCAAGACGGCCCGUCCUAUGAAGGACGUCCUAAAGCUGCCCGAGAGCUUCUUCAUGCUCUACGACACAAUAGUGGCUUUUGAUCACUUCUUCAACGUCUGCAAGGUCAUCACAUACCUGCGGGUACCGUCAUCAGAGUCGACUUCCGACCUGCAAACAGCGUAUGAUAAAGCAUGCGCAACACUAAACAGAACAGUUUCACUCCUGCAGGGGGAACACAUACCCCUGCCAUACCAACCACCCAUAGCUCUCAAUCAACCUUCUAAAUCGAACUUUGGCAAGACAGGAUAUGAGGCGCACGUCACCCGGCUUAAGAAGCAUGUGACCAAGGGAGACAUUAUUCAGGCGGUUCCUUCCCACCGUAUAUCACGCCCUACUACGCUCCAUCCGUUCAAUAUCUACCGGCAUCUACGAACAGUCAACCCCUCGCCGUACCUAUUCUACAUCGAUUGCGAGGACUUCAGCAUCGUUGGUGCGUCGCCAGAGCUGCUAGUAAAAGAAGAGGCUGGCCGUAUUAUAACCCAUCCCAUCGCCGGCACGGUCAAGAGAGGUCAAAGCCCUGAAGAAGAUGAGCAACUGGCCGAGGAACUGCGUAACAGCCUCAAGGACCGUGCCGAGCAUGUCAUGCUGGUGGAUCUGGCCCGCAACGACAUCAACCGAGUCUGUGACCCCUUGUCCACUCGUGUCGACCGACUCAUGGUGGUGGAGCGGUUCAGCCACGUUCAGCAUCUCGUCAGUCAGGUUUCAGGUGUGUUAAGAGAAGGCGAGAACCGCUUCACCGCUUUUCGAAGUAUUUUCCCCGCGGGCACGGUCUCGGGGGCUCCCAAGGUCAAGGCUAUGGAACUCAUUGCAGAACUAGAACAGGAGAAGCGAGGUGUCUAUGCCGGUGCGGUAGGGUAUUUCGGCUUCUCCCAUGUGUCACUCGACGGAUCAAAGAUUGAAGAUGAAGGGGCAAUGGACACUUGCAUCGCACUACGCACGAUGGUGGUGAAAGACGGCGUUGCAUAUUUGCAGGCUGGCGGAGGAAUUGUCUUUGACAGUGUCGAGGAGGAUGAGUGGAUUGAAACAAUGAACAAGCUGGGAGCGAAUAUUAGGACUAUUGAGGAAGCAGAAAAAAGAUAUUUGGAGCUCGAAAAGUUGCGCAAUGGAAACGGGGCUGGACAGGCAAAUGGUGUCGCUAUCUAG